GAAAUGUCGAGUGGUGGAAUUUAAAUCGAAACAGUAAGUAAGUAAGUAAGCCAGCAAGUAGUGUUGGUGGUUUACGACAGCAGAAGUCGUGUCUGAUCGUUUCGUUUUCCUCCUGAGCGAUUGUUGCUCUCAGCCCCCAACUGCUAACGUUUUGGCGUGAAGGAAGGAGGUGGAUGUUGGUUGGUGGACGAGAGAUGGCAGAAGGAAGUGACGGUUCAGGAAGUGAGUUAGGAGAGAUGGUCGAAGGUGGCGGGAGUUAUGAAAAGUGGAAUAUAGCAGGUAGGAAAAAUAAGCGUAAAAAGAGCCUAAGAUCGGAUGGGAGUGAUAGUGACGGGAGAGCAACUGUAACUGAAAGGAGGAGAGAGGAUUUCAAGGCAAUAGUAAAACUUGUGCAAGAUGGGGCUUCAUUCUGCGAUUGGAAUCCAAUACAGCUAACUAAAUCCAUAAGUAAAGAAAUCGGGGAGGUAAGGAGUGCUAAAAUAUUGCGAAAUGGAUCAUUACUAAUUAUAUGUAAGGAUGGAGUACAACAAGGAAAAGCAGUCAGAAUGAAUAAAAUAAAUGGCAAGAAAGUACAAUGUUCUCUGAUGACUGACAGAAAAUUGGUCAGGGGAGUUAUUACAGGGAUUCCAGUAAAUGUAACAGCAGAUGAUGUUAAAGGAAAUGUAACAAAUGCCAAAGUGAGUGAAGUCAGACGUCUUAAAGCAAGCAGAAAUGGGAUUAAAAGUGACAGUCUCUCUGUACUGAUCACAUUUGAUGAGGAAAGACUCCCGGAAAAGAUCUUUAUUGGAUAUAUGUGUUAUGAUGUGAGGCCGUAUGUUCCCCCACCUCUCAGAUGUUUUAAAUGUCAGAGGUUCGGACACGUAGCAUCCGUGUGCAAGGGAAAGCAAACGUGUGGUAGAUGCGGUGGAAACCACGAGUAUGGCAAAUGUGCAGAGGGGACAAAGCUGAAGUGUUGUAAUUGUGGAGGAGAACAUAGCUCAGCUUACCGCGGAUGCGAAGUUAGUAAGAGAGCGGCAGAGGUGCAGCGAGUCAAGGCUACUCAGGGAAUAAGCUACGCAGAGGCAGCAAAGAAGGUUUCAGGAGACGCGCAGGUGACAAGGCAAAAUGACACUAGAAAUAAAGAUGCAGGGAAAUGUGUAGGGUGCGAUAAAGUGAAGGAGGAAACUCUGAUUGUGAACAAGAAUGACUUUGUAUUCUUUAUGGCAGAUAUUGUCAACUGUUCAGCACAGACAAAAAGCCGAAAUGAAAGGAUCAAAAUAAUUGUCAAAUCAGCUGAGAAGUACCUUGAUGUGAGGGGGCUGCACUGGGAAACAGUUAAAGACAUUCUUAAUGAAGAUAAUCAGUCAUCUCAGACAUGUGUUGGAUCCUCUUAAUGGUGCUAAUUAUACUCCAGUGGAAUGCAAGAAGCUUAAUUUCAAAUGGCCAAGAGUUCAAAAAGUAUAUUGAUAAAUUGGAAGAGAAACCUGAUAUAAUUUGUAUACAGGAGACAUGGUUAAAGCCACAGUUGGACUUUAUUAUAAAGGGAUAUACUGCUGUUAGGAGAGACAGAAAUCCUGGCAACGGUGGAGGCGUUGUGACAUUCAUACAAAAUGGAAUGAGUUAUAAGGUUAUACGUAUAAGCACAGAUCAUGAAUCAAUUGCGGUUAAGGUAUGGACUAAUAGAGGUAAUAUUGGCAUAAUUAAUUACUAUAAUCCUUGUGGGAAAAUAAGUCUAGAUAUACUAGAGAAUGUAGGAGGACUAUUGCAAGAUAAUGUGAUAUGGUGUGGGGAUUUCAAUUCACAUAACUCACUAUGGGGUUGCAAUAAAACCGAUUUAAAUGGUUUAGCAGUUGAAGAAUUUAUAGAUAAUCACUGUUUGGUAUGUAUUAAUAAUGGGGAAGGAACACGAUACAAUAGUGUGCAAAACACAGAGGCAGCGCUUGAUUUAACACUGGUGUCUAGUGAAAUAGCAGGUUUAAGCACAUGGAGCGUGAUCAAACAUACCACAAUAGGAAGUGAUCACUACCCUGUGGUAACUAAAGUUGGCAUUGAAGGUUUUUAUGAUGAGGGAAAGAAAACUCCCAGAUGGAAAUUGGGAAAUGCUAACUGGGAUGUUUUUCAAAAGAUCAGUACAAACAGAUUCAAGAAACUCAAAGAGGAGAACCAGACAGAUGUAAACAUAAUCAAUAGUACAAUAGUUAAUGAGAUUAUUCAAUCGGCUGAGGAAACAAUCCCUAAGAGUACAGGAACUAAACGGACCAAGAGUGUACCCUGGUGGAAUGACAACUGUAGUAAAGCCAUAAAGGCCAGGAAUAAAGCAUUUAGAGAACUCAAGAAACAUCAUUCUCAGGAUGCAUUGAUCCAGUAUAAAAGGGCCCAAGCAAUAGUAAGGAGGACAAUUAGAACACAAAAACGAACAUUUUGGAGGCAGUACUGUAGCACUAUUGGAAGGGAAGUACAGCUGUCAGAUGUAUGGGGCAUGAUUAGAAGAAUGGGGGGGAUUAGAAGAAAUUAUGAGAUACCAGUGUUGAACACUGGGAACAAAAUGGCUGUCAAUAACUUAGAAAAGGCGGAACUUUUUGCACAAACAUUUGAAAGGGUUCAUAGUUCGUGUAAUCUCACAGAUGAGGCUAGGCAGUGUAGAGAGGAAAUCUUAAUGAAGAAUCCCAAAAUAACAGAGAAAAGGGAGGUGUCAGGAGAUCCGUUAGAUCUACCGUUUAAUAUGUUUGAGCUAAGAAGAGCAAUUACGAGUGCUCGUCAGACCACUCCAGGGAAGGACGCUGUAUGUUAUGGAAUGUUGGCACACAUGACAGAUAGUGCACUAGACACGGUGUUGGGUUUGUUUAAUAAAGUUUGGGAUGUUGGCCAACUUCCUUUAGCUUGGAAACAAGCAAUAAUAGUGCCCAUUCCAAAACCAGGAAAAGAUCAGUCAGACCCUUCCAGUUAUAGACCUAUUGCAUUAACCUCACACUUGUGCAAAAUUAUGGAACGAAUGGUCACAGAGCGUUUAACAUACUUCCUAGAGAGUAAAGCUCUUCUGUACCCGUACCAGAGUGGGUUCCGUAGAGGUCGGAAUACAAUGGAUUCAGUACUGUGCCUAGAAUCAGACAUCAGGAAAGCACAGACCAACAAAGAAAUACUGAUAGCUGUAUUUUUUGACGUUGAAAAAGCAUAUGAUAUGCUCUGGAAAGAAGGGUUACUUAUUAAGUUGAAGUCAUUGGGUAUUGGUGGUAGAACAUAUAAUUGGGUUAUGAACUUUCUAUUUGACAGGGAAAUACAAGUAAGAGUUGGCACAGAAUACUCCAGUGUAUAUAAGGUGGAAAAUGGAACUCCGCAAGGUAGUGUGUGCAGCCCAUUGCUAUUCAACAUAAUGAUAAAUGACAUCUUCUCUCAGGUUGAACAAAGCGUAGGGAAAUCUUUGUACGCAGACGACGGGGCUCUGUGGGUAAGAGGCCGCAAUGUGUUGCACGUCAGUAAGAAAAUGCAAGCUGCAAUAGCUGCUGUGGAAAAAUGGGCAAAUAAAUGGGGAUUCAAGUUAUCUGUUGCAAAAACACAGGUGAUCUGUUUCUCAAGGCGGCAUAAAGUCACGCCUAUUUCCAUGAAGUUAUAUGAACAACCACUUAAGCAAGUCAAAACAAUUAAAUUUCUUGGGGUUUGGUUUGAUGAGAAGCUCACCUGGAAUACUCAUUUAGAUAAAGUUAAGAACAAGUGUAAAAAGGUCAUCAAUAUACUUCGUUGUCUGUCAGGACAAGAGUGGGGAGCAAGCAGAGCAGCUCUACAAAAUAUAUACUGGGCACUCAUGAGAUCCGUUUUUGACUAUGGAUGUGUAGCGUACAUGUCAGCAGCAGAAUCAAACCUUAAGAAGUUGGAUGUAUUACAAGCUCAGGCCUUGAGAAUUUGCAGUGGAUCAGUCAGAACAUCUCCGGUGUCAGCAAUGCAGGUGGAAAUGGGAGAAAUGCCGUUAAGAAUCAGGCGAGUAAAGUUAAUGUUGGCAUACUGGGUUAAUCUCCAGGGGCAAUGUGACUCUCAUCCUGCCAAGAGUCUCUUAAUAGAUUGCUGGGAACACAAUGAGACAAAUUUCACAAGUUUUGGGUGGAUUGGUGAUGCAAAGGCAGAAGUCAUAGGAUUACGACAAUUAGACUACAGCCCUACAGUGUCACAGUCUUCCAUUCCUCCCUGGUUAUUCCCAACACCAAUUGUAGAUCUAAACAUACAGCAGGAGUUGAAGGAUAUGUCAAAGAAACUUCCAGCAUGCAGUAUAGUACAGAAUUACUUUGAUUUACAUUUUUCAGACUCCAUGUUUAUAUUCACAGAUGGCUCCAAAGAUCCUGAUACAGGGCGUGCAGGUGCAGCAGUCUUUUUCCCAGCAAUCCAGCUUGUGGCGGUAAUGCACCGUUAAACUGGUUUGCCAACCGCCAUUAAACCCUAAAGAAGAAGAAGAAGAAGAAGAAGUUUUGGCGUGAAACUCAAAUCCCGGGCGGGAGAAGACCGAGGCAGUCGGUUAGCAGCGAAACCUUUUGAGUUUGAAACGGAAAUCAUAGUUUUAAAUUGUUUUUAAAUCACCGUCUUAACUUCUGAAUGAGUUGAGUUGAGUUUUUUGUCGGGUCGAAGAGGAGGCAGGAUAACGACGUACCAACAGUGUCGACUCAACGUACCGCGGAGAGACGGGAAGUGAUUCAACA